CAAUUGAAUGAAUUCCGGUUGGAAGCUGCCUCGACCUUGGUUCUGUGUAUGUUGUUUGGCAAGGCCAUCUUUAUCGUCGCCAAUGGGGCCAUCUCAUCACCAAACUUGGUCGGACCAGAUCUACCCGAUGCCGAAUGCCAUCUUCUCCUUUCGAAAUUCGCAGCUGAACGUGUUCUGUGAUUCCCGGUGCGAGACCUGCCACUUGGACGUGCCUCGGGCAUCAGGAAUAGAACUCGACAAAUAUGUCCGAGCCCUAUCAAUUCAUGAAGCAAUGUUCUAAUUGCCCACGACGUGCCCAAGUGAUUUACAUCGUCUUGGUGCCAGGACUUGUGGUCUGCGUCCUUCCCCUCUCUCUCUCUCUCUUCCAUCAUCCUCUUCCCUUCCCUCAUGAGUCCACCGCCUUCGUCGCGGCUUAUGUCGCCCUCUGACUAUUCCAUUGCUGCCAGCGCAAACGAUGCCGGCGACCGGCAGCUGGCUCUAUCCCCUACUGUGACGCAUCUCGGUGACGAAGAACCUGAUAAACGAAUUCCUAGCCAAGAUGACGAGCUGGACGCUGAAAAGCAGAGAGCUCAAGCCGUGCCGCAGUUUCCUGAGGGGUCGUUCCGCGGUUGGGCAACUGUCUGUGGAGGGGCCUUCGUUGGGAUGUGCACGUUUGGAAAUGUCCAGAGUUUUGGAGUGUACCAGGAGUAUUAUACAACGACCUCUUUAUCCGAGCAUUCCUCUUCCCAGAUAAGUUGGAUCGGCUCUGUACAACUCUGUUUAUUAUUUUCCCUUGGUCUCCUGUCGGGUAAAUUAUUCGAUCAAGGAUACUUUCAUCACCUCCUGCUGGGUGGAAGCCUUCUUUUCCUAUUUUCUUCGUUCAUGUUGUCCUUGACCCAACCCCAUCAGUUCUAUCAAACUUUGCUGUCGCAAGGAUUUGGCAUGGGACUCGGGAUGGGCUGUAUGUUUAUUCCCUCGAUGAGUGUGUUAUCACACUAUUUUCGGGUUAAGAGGGCCGUGGCAAUGGGAUUCGUGGUGUCAGGCGGCGCUCUGGGUGCGAUCAUUUACCCAAUUUUGCUGAACAAGGUGUUCGACAAGACUGGACUUAGAUUCCCUUGGGCAGUUCGUUUCGUAGCAUUCAUAGAUCUCUUCCUUUUGACGCUCGCAAACCUACUAAUGCGACCGAGACUCCCACCGCGGAAACGCGCCCCCAUCGAUAUAUAUAAGAUUCUAUACGAUUUCCCAUAUUGGUUGACCGUGACUGGAAUAACACUAGGGUUCUGGGGACUUUUCAUUCCCUUCUUUUACCUCCAGGUGUUUGCGGAGCUUCAUGGAGUAAAUCCUAGUUUCCUGACGUGGACGCUUCCGGUCCUCAAUGCUGGAUCGCUCUUCGGGCGGUUCAUUCCCAAUCUCCUGGCCGACAGGUACGGCCCUUUCACAGUUAUCAUACCAAGUGGUUUCAUAACGGGAAGCCUGGUGUGGGCCUUGCUCGGGGUACAUACUAUUGCGGGCAUGGCGGUGUUUGGCGUGCUGUACGGAUUCUUCUCUGGAGCCUUCCUAACUGUGGCGACGCCGGCUAUUGCAUCGUUCACUCGCAGUCCUACUUUGGAUGAUAUAGGACUCCGGAUAGGUAUUUCCUGCUUUUUCAUUGGACUUGGCCUUUUGACGGGAAGUCCUAUCGCCGGGGCACUGCUAUCCCCAGAGUAUAUAUGGUGGAGACCCCUGCUGUUUGCUUGUGUUGUAAUCAUCUCCGGCACGAUCUGCCUUGCGGUCGCGAGACAGUAUUUAGUUCAACGCAAAGGUGGAAUGAGAUUUGUGUAAGAUGGUUAUAUAUAGAUACGAGAGAGAAUACGUGCUCUGACGAACCUGGAUGGAUAUUGUUUACUUAAUGACCGCCACACCUACUAUCAUGACGACGGCAUGACCUUUUACAACGCGGACUGUAUUAGUUAGAUUGCCUGAUAUAUAUUUUCAGUCUGAUCGUCGCUGUUAAA